CGAUCAGUGUAAUCGCUCUAAUUACACCCAAAUUCUGUUGCGGGUUAGUUCAAGGAAUAUCUUCUAAUGCGAUAUAAAGCAUAAAGCAAUCCCCGGUUUUUCACAAAAUAUGGCGGAUGCUGAGUUAUCUAAAGCCUUAAAGGAUUUACCAAAUCGCAUUCAAACCGCCAGUAAAAAUGAGCGGCGAGAGAUUUUGCAGAACGUCGUCGACGUGUUGUCAAAUCCUGGCAUCAAUGAAAAAAUUGUUGGAGGGAUAUGUAAAGUACUGUCAAUUACUUUGCAUCGAUAUAAGGAUACUGCAUCACAAUCUUACGUAAAAUAUUUAAUUGUGGCUUUACUCAAGGAACAAAGAGAAGCUACUAUAAAGCAUAUGUCAAAUGCUAUUACAGAGCAGGCUGUCUGGCAUAAAAAUGUGGUGCCAACUUACAACACUGCUCUGACGGCUUAUCUAACAUUAAAGUGGUCUGUGCUGGUUGUACGUCAUGGCAUCAAUAAUGGAUCUAAAGAAAGCUGGUUGGAACUUCCAAAGUUAAUCGAGGCUCAGACAAAUUUAAGUGCAGCUGCAUUGGCUUCUGCAGAAAAGAAACUUUCUGAAAAAGUAUAUACAUUGUUCACACACGAAUGGAAACUUGUUCCUGCUAUCGAAGAAAAAUAUAUAGAAGUUCUAAUGAAACUUGAAGCUAGUAAUGGAGUUAUUGUAUUGGCCAGUUUAUUGACUAGGUAUUUGGUAGAAACAAAAAAGGAUGAUCUAAUCGAUAAACUGAAGCCAAGCAUGAUUGAGGCUCUUAUAAAAGUCAGUAUCAGCUGCAAAAAGAAGCCUGAACUUUAUGUCGUUGAUGCUGCUGCAUCACUUCUUAAAAGAGUAUCUCAUGAGGAGUUUAAAAACCUGUUACUCCCAGCCCUUCAAAAGGCGAUGCUAAGAAAUCCAGAAAUAAUCAUCGAAUCUGUCGGACGUAUCCUAAGUGGAAUGAGUCUUGAUUUGAGUCAAUACAGUCAAGACAUUAGCAAAGGACUCUUUGCAAACCUACAUUCUAAAGAAGAUUUAGUACGCGAUGAAGCAGCAGAUGCUUGUCGUCGCUUGGCUUUACAAUGUUCGGAUUCAACAGCCCUGGAAAAUUUACUUUCAUCCCUUUUUGCUGUGUUCCACGGUUCCGAGGGUAAGCUCACCGUAGCUACGCAUAAGAUAUCAGUACUUCAAGGCGCAGGAAAUCUCAGCUACAAUGUCGUAUCUGGCAGUAACAUACAGAAACUAACGGAAACAGCAUGUAGUCACUUUAUAAAAGUCUUGGAAACCGAGGUCCAUGAGAAAACCUUAAUUCAUGCGUUAGAAAUGAUGUCGUUGUGGUGCAAAAAGUUUGCAAACGACAUUCCUAAGAGCGUAAUUGAUGCAUUUAAAAAGGGAAUGGCUGCAAAGACAUCUACUGCUGGAGUACGUACUGCAUACAUUAAACUUCUCUCCUGGACACCUAUUACUUCACACUCUGCAAUGAUAGCGCCAAUACUAACCCAGGCAAUAACCAGGGCGACGACGCAAUCUGCUCAGCCGGCAGCAGUUACAGAAGGUCUCCUUGCAACUUACUUAUUGUUAAAGCUUGUACUUGCUGGUCAGGUCGAAAACGACAAACAGAGUAUUCUCUGGAAUGCUGUAGACGAUCAGCUGUUUUUCUCUGAAAAAUUUCUGAGCACUUGUGGCGAUGACAUCCUUUACUACCUGAUGCUCCUCUGCGAACGCCUUGUGACAGAAUUUUCAGAUCGUCUUAAUGAGAAAGCUCUUGGCGGCAUAUACCGUGCUAUAGUGGCUUGUGUGACAGCUCCUAAAUCAUCAAUUCGCAGGAAGUGCGCUCCGGUACUUAAAAAAAUGUUAACCGGAUUGAAUAGUUACGAGCUAGUUGAGGCGCUCUUGUUGGAGUUUAAUAAAUUUCUGGAGACUGCGAAGAUCAGAGUUGACAGUGAAAAGGAAAGUAAGGAGGAAACAUCUAGUGGAGAAGUCAGUGGUAGAUCCUUAGCAGAUGGACUCAUGGCUAUAUGUUCUGGAUCUUUCUUGUUUGAAGUGCCUUCGAUGCAGAUCACUAGAGACGCCUUAAUUCCUGCACAUCAUCCAACAAUAUUUAGAGCUGUUCCUAAUCUCUGGUUUAAAAUCGCUAGAAACUUUGGUCUGGUACCAAAAGACUUUUUACGAACUUUCGGCAGUGAGAUUAAAAAGCUGUUUCUUAAUAACUAUAAGCCUGUUCCUAGUUAUGAGAACGCCCUUGCUAGCGUAAUAUCUCUAGCACCGGAUGUAAUAUUACCAUCGCUAAUAUCAAAUGUUACCGGGAAAUUAGAUGAUCCUGAAAUCCUGAGGGUUACAAAGGAUGAAUAUUUUACCUAUCUGACACCAGAAGGUGAAUUAUAUGACAAGAGUGUUAUACCAGGCAAUGAUGAGAACGAUAUCUUGAAUGCAAUGAAUAUGAAACGUGAGAGUAAAGUAUAUUCAUUCAAGGAACAACAAGAAGAGCUACAACUUCGUCGAGAGUUGUACGAGAAACGUAAAAGGGAGGGUAAAAUAAAAGAGCCUAAGCUUACUCCAAAGCAGGAAGAAGCACUGAAAGCUCAAACUGCUAAGGAGAGUGGAAUUAGAAAACGUUUGGCAGAAUUAAAUGCAAAAAUUACUGAUGCAGUAUCGAUGAUAAAUGCUGCAGCGCGUGGAAACAGCUUUGAAUUGGGUUUACAUUUAAAGGAUCUACUUCAUCCUAUAUUAAAGGAUCUAGGAUCGCCUUUAGCAGCACCAACAAUGUUACAACUCUAUAUAAGUCUUCGUAAAACUGUUAAAAUAUCAAACAAUAAUACCCUUAGUGAUUUAAUAGCACAUGUAACUCUUCGGCAGCUACAACCUCAAUGUGAUCUCGAUCAAGCGUGGGAGGAAGAGCCUCUUGACGAGGCGGUGAAACGUACUUUGGCAUUGAUACACACCUACACUAUACGUCAGAAAGUAUUGUUCACGGCUCCAACAUUUUGCUAUAUCUUUGCGUUUAUCAAGAAAACACUAUUGUCUUGUAAGGAUGACGGUAUGAUAACACAAGGGCUGCAAAUUGUACAAGAACAUGCUAAGCAAAGAGGAGACAUCAGCAUUUCUAAAGACGCAAGGCAUCCGAAAUUGUUACCCAGGAAACAAAUGUUUGAUUUACUGAUAGAGCUGAUGAGCACUACUACUGGUCGAGUUCAGUCCCAGGCAGUUGCUACUCUUCUAGACGUAGCUCAAUCUGGUAGUGGUUUACCCAACUGUGCGUUGGCAACUGGUGAAGAUAUAGAUUCAUUAACUGGAGCCUUACAGAAUUCAUUACCAGCUGUAAGGGAUGCAGCUCUGAGAGGUCUUAUGAUUAUACGUCUUGCAUUUCCGUCUGAGAAGGAAGACUACAAUCAGUUACUUAGACUUACAAGGAGGAUCUGGGUAGCUAAGUUUGAUAUCUGUGAAGAAAACAAACAUCUGGCGGAAGAAUUGUGGACUGCGGCAGGGCUUGUGGCGAACCCUGACAUCCUGUGCGAAGAACUUAUUCAGGAUAUUGCACAUCCAGUUGAGCCUAUUCAACAAGCGGCUGCUUGUGCCUUGGCGCAACUUUUGACCGAUGAUCCUCAACUCAUGCCUGCGAUCUUGGAUAGACUAUUAGAAUUAUACCAGGAUAAACUUGCAAUGAUUCCACCAAAGUUAAAUGAUUUUGGUCGUGUUGUUGAACAACCUAUUGAUACCUGGGGACCACGAAGAGGAGUUGCUUUGGCACUGGCACAAUUGGCACCUUUAUUAACACCAGAGACUAUACACAGACUUGUACAGUUCUUCGUCUCUACUGGAUUAGGUGACAGGAAUCAUGCUGUCCGUACAGAAAUGCUUACUGCCGCAGUUGCAGCUGUCGAUCUUCACGGCAAGGCAAACAUAACAUCCUUGUUACCAGUUUUUGAAGAUUUCAUGGAUAAGGCUCCAAAGAUUGGUAGUUUUGAUUCAAUAAAACAAUCUGUGGUAAUCCUUAUGGGAUUAUUGGCGCGACAUUUAGAGAAGGAUGAUCCUAGGAUAAAGCCCAUAGUAUUGAGACUGAUUUCGGCUCUUUCUACACCGUCACAGCAAGUACAAGAAGCUGUCGCCAAUUGUUUGCCUCAUCUGGUGCCUUCUAUCAAGGAUGAUGCUCCUAGAAUUGUGGAUAAUUUGAUGGACCAACUGCUAAAGUCUGAUAAAUAUGGAGAGCGUAAAGGAGCUGCAUAUGGAUUAGCUGGUCUUAUCAAGGGAAUGGGUAUUCUUGCUCUCAAACAGCUUGAUAUCAUGACCACUCUUACCAAUGCUAUUCAGGAUAAAAAAAAUUAUAGACACAGAGAGGGUGCAUUGUUCGCUUUUGAAAUGCUGUGUACGAUGCUUGGAAGGUUGUUCGAACCUUACAUAGUUCAUGUUCUUCCACAUUUGUUAUUAUGUUUCGGAGAUUCAAGUCAAUAUGUAAGAACAGCUACGGACGACACUGCUAGAGUAGUAAUGAGUAAACUUUCCGCUCAUGGUGUAAAGCUAGUUCUGCCUAGCCUGUUGGCAGCUCUAGAAGAGGAUUCUUGGAGAACGAAAACAGGAUCUGUGGAACUAUUAGGAGCAAUGGCAUAUUGUGCUCCUAAACAAUUGAGCAGUUGCCUACCAAGCAUUGUACCAAAACUAAUAGAAGUUUUGAGUGAUUCUCAUACAAAAGUCCAGGAAGCUGGGGCAGAAGCUCUUAAAGUUAUUGGUAGUGUCAUUCGAAAUCCUGAGAUUCAGGCUAUCGUUCCAGUUCUAUUGAAAGCUCUUCAGGAUCCAUCAAGGAAAACGGCGACGUGUUUGCAAACAUUAUUAGAUACGCAAUUCGUGCAUUUCAUAGAUGCACCAUCAUUAGCUUUGAUUAUGCCAGUAGUCCAAAGAGCCUUUAUGGACCGAUCAACAGAAACACGAAAAAUGGCAGCUCAGAUCAUUGGUAACAUGUACUCAUUGACUGAUCAGAAGGAUCUGACUCCAUAUCUACCCACAAUUAUUCCUGGACUGAAGACUAGCUUGCUGGAUCCUGUACCGGAAGUACGUAGUGUAUCGGCCCGAGCUCUUGGUGCAAUGGUGCGGGGAAUGGGAGAGUCCAGCUUUGAGGAUCUUCUUCCAUGGCUAAUGCAAACAUUAACUUCUGAGACUAGCAGCGUAGAUCGUUCUGGAGCCGCUCAGGGUCUCUCUGAAGUCGUAAGAGGUCUUGGUGUUGAGAAACUUCAUAAACUGAUGCCUGAAAUCAUCAGUACAGCCGAGAGAACUGAUAUAGCGCCUCAUGUUAAGGACGGCUACAUAAUGAUGUUCAUCUACAUGCCCAGUGCGUUCACGACUGAAUUUACUCCAUACAUUGGACAGAUUAUUAAUCCUAUCUUAAAAGCUUUGGCUGAUGAAAAUGAGUACGUUCGUGAAACUGCUCUCAGGGCAGGUCAAAGAAUAGUGACACUGUAUGCUGACUCUGCUAUAAUGUUACUACUACCGGAAUUAGAAAAAGGUCUCUUCGAUGAUAAUUGGCGUAUUAGAUACUCAUCAGUUCAAUUACUUGGAGAUUUACUAUACCGCAUCUCCGGAGUAUCUGGAAAAAUGUCUACUGAAACCGCUAGUGAAGAUGAUAACUUUGGAACUGAACAGUCCCACUAUGCUAUUAUCAAUGCAUUGGGAGCGGAGCGGCGAAACCGUGUCUUGGCAGGGCUAUACAUGGGUAGAUCUGACGUGGCUUUAAUGGUUCGUCAGGCAGCACUUCAUGUAUGGAAGGUGGUAGUAACAAAUACACCAAAAACAUUAAGAGAAAUUUUACCUACGUUGUUCAGUUUGUUAUUGGGAUGUUUGGCGAGCACCAGCUAUGACAAGAGGCAAGUAGCUGCCCGUACCUUGGGAGACCUCGUCAGAAAAUUAGGGGAGAGAGUACUUCCAGAAAUCAUUCCAAUCCUGGAGAGGGGUUUGCAGAGCGAACAAGCUGAUCAGAGACAAGGAGUUUGUAUUGGUCUAUCAGAGAUCAUGGCUAGUACUAGCAAAGAUAUGGUUUUGACAUUCGUAAAUAGUUUGGUACCAACAGUCAGAAAAGCUCUAUGCGAUCCUUUGCCAGAGGUCAGACAAGCUGCUGCCAAGACUUUUGACAGUCUUCAUUCAACAGUAGGAGUACGAGCGUUAGAUGAUAUUCUGCCUGCCAUGCUGACUCAAUUGAAUUCUCCAGAUCAAGCGGAGGCUGAGAACACAUUGGACGGUUUGCGUCAAGUGAUGGCAAUUAAAUCUCGCGUGGUUUUGCCGUAUCUGGUUCCACAAUUGACCAGCCCACCCGUUAACACAAAAGCUUUGUCUAUACUGGCUAGCGUGGCUGGAGAAGCUUUGACGAGAUUCCUCCACAAGAUCUUACCUGCAUUAUUGACAGCCUUAUCUAGUGCACAAGGCACACCAAAUGAAGUACAGGAAUUAGAGUAUUGCCAGGCAGUCAUUCUAUCUGUUACUGAUGAAGUUGGAGUAAGGACCGUCAUGGACCAACUUAUGGAAGCUACCAGAGCCGAGGAUGCAUCUCGACGACGAAGUGCAGCCACUCUGCUGUGUGCAUUCUGUCGAGAUACUCGAGCGGAUUACAGUCAAUACGUUCCACAAUUACUUAGAGGAUUGAUACAUUUGUUUACUGAUGAUGAUAAGGACGUGCUUCAGAUGAGCUGGGAAGCACUUACGGCAGUUACUAAGACUCUUGGGUCAGACCAACAAAUAGCGCACGUGCAGGACAUAAGACAGGCUGUACGCUUCGCCGUGUCAGAUUUAAAGGGCCAUGAACUACUUCCAGGAUUUUGUCUACCCAAGGGUAUAACACCGAUUCUACCCAUAUUCAGGGAAGCUAUACUAAAUGGAAUGCCGGAAGCAAAGGAACAAGCAGCACAAGGCUUGGGCGAAGUCAUUCGACUUACAAGUGCUGCGGCGUUACAGCCCAGUGUGGUACACAUCACUGGUCCUCUUAUUCGUAUUCUUGGAGAUCGUUUUAAUUGGAGUGUUAAGGCUGCAGUUCUGGAGACCUUGGCUAUAUUGCUUGGCAAGGUGGGCGUAAUGUUGAAACAAUUUUUACCGCAACUCCAAACAACAUUUUUGAAAGCUUUAAAUGACAGUAAUAGACAAGUCAGACUCAAAGCAGCAUACGCUCUCAGUAAUCUUAUAGUAAUUCACACCAGAGCUGAUCCUUUAUUCGCUGAAUUGCAUAUUGGCAUUAAAACGGCUGAUGAUCCCACUAUCAGAGAAACUAUGUUGCAAGCCUUACGAGGAGUAUUAACACCAGCUGGCGACAAGAUGACAGAACCUAUGAGAAAACAAGUAUUUGCUACCUUGAGUAAUAUGCUUGGAUACUCGGAAGAUGUUACAAGAAAUGCAGUAGCCGGAUGUUACGGUGCUCUUUUAAGAUGGCUAACGCCAGAGCAAUUAGCUGCAGCCUUCAAUGACAAUCUACUAUGUAACGACGUGAAUGCUGAUUGGAUGUUGAGGCACGGUCGUUCGGCGGCAUUAUUCGUGGUGCUGAAGGAAUCUCCAGGAACAGUUUACACUGGGAAGGAGAAAGAGCGAGUUUGCAAAGUGAUACUCUCGUAUCUAGCUGCUGACAGAGUUCAAAUAGCUAUGAAUGGAGUGCGUGCUUGUGGUUAUUUGUUCCAGUAUCUUAUGAACGACGGCCAGCCGAUACCACAGCAGAUAUUAACACCUUUCGUCCGAUCAAUGAAUCAUACGAAUAACGAUGUGAAGCAACUGUUGGCAAGAGUAUGCACACACCUUGCAAGGAAUAUACCGUCAGAGAAAAUGUCACCGGAAUUACUGAAAGCCUUGUUACCAAUGUUGGUUAAUGGUACCAAGGAGAAGAAUGGUUACGUCAAGGCCAAUAGCGAACUUGCACUUAUCGCUGUGCUCAGGCUUAAGCAUGGAGAUGAAGAGCAUCAGAGGUGCAUAGCUCUUCUUGACGUGGGAGCUAAGGAGUCUUUGUCAGACGUGGUGAGCAAAGUCUUAAGGAAGGUUCUCUCCCAACCGGAAGGCAAGAUAGAAGAGUUGGACGAUACGUUACUCACAUGAGAGACAUUAUAUACCCCGGGGCUCAUUAUUCGUUAUUCCUGUUCCUAUUCCCGUCGUCAAUACCCACGUGAUCAUCCUUGCUCUCCUAAUUUCUACGACAGAAAGUAUUACUCGUGUACUAGCCGAGACUUUACCUCGAAAUUAUUUCGAUUAAUUGUCUAUCUUAAUAAGGAAUUAGAUAGCCUUAAGAAAAGUAACAGGUCUAUGAGUUUCAAGCUAUUAAAGCUCAAAUGCCCUGAGAUCCGGGUGACUGCAGUAAGAACAACCAAGUGCAGGUCGCAAUGUCGUGUGUCACAAGAAUCAAGAGUUGUCAUCAUGAGGUAUCAAAGAAGUAAUCAUUGUCGACUCGACGAGGAUGUUUCAAGGAAUGAAUCUAUCUCCAAUCGCGUGAUAAAUACUCCAACAGAUAAUUGCGCUACUACAGUAGAUUAUUCAAAAGAUCGCGAGAGUAGUCUGAGAAAUGAUAAAAAUGUUCCCACGGUUAGUAAAAACGAUAAAGUAUCCAGGGACUUCGUUGGACAAAUUGUUGCCUGCUUUCAAAAUAAAUAUUACACGUCUCACCUGGAGCUAAGAGAAACUUUUAAGAGACACUGUCAUGUCCAAGGAAGAGAGAAAGUCAGAAGAUAUUGUAUGGGCAAUUGUGCGAAGAAUCAAAUGGUUGAUCGUCUAGGAUUUAACUUUGAGGAAUCUUUUGUUAAACCACGUCCGCCCUAUGGCGAGGACGUUAACGAUAACGAAGACGUUAGUACCUUUUCUUUUGUAAUAUCCAUGCAUCUAAGUCACAGAUGAACAGUGCGAUUAUACAUUGUUCCCUAGUUAUACACAUCGGUAUAUAGUUUAUAUUUGAAAAUAAAUAUAAGAAUUGUUACGUCGAUCGUAUUGAUCGGUCGUGACAAAUCGGCGCCACUUCUGGGACAGUCAACAAAGCAUCGACUCGCUUACUUGCUCCAAUAACAAUAUAUACGUUUAUCAAUAUUUCUACUUUAUAUAACAUAUAAUUUUUCACUUUGUAUAACCUCAUAAAUUAUGACUGCCAUGAUUAUCGACCACGUGAUUUUCUACUUGAUUUAGAAAUUAAAACUUCUCCUAAUUGACACUUUCAACGGAGUUUUAAUAAGAAUAUAUAGAGGGAGGUUGAUUCGACCAAUAUUGUUAUUACUCCUUUCAUUUCUUACAAAUUUUUGUACUUUUAUAACGUUUAACCAUUAACUCGUAUACUGCUUUUCCUGUGAACAUGUCUGUCGUCUGAUAAUUUUUUGGAUCAGUAUGAAAAGCAUGGAAGAUUGAGGUUUUUUUGAAAAUUUCAUAUUGCAUAAAACCAUGUAAGUUCUUUUAUACUGCGAAUUCCUAUCGUUAACAAUAUACUACGUGACUUCUUUUGUGAAUGUCCUCGAAAAAAAAAGAAAAAAAAAUGUGGAGAGGUGAGAAGGUGACAGUGCCUGGAAGUGCGCUUUGGUGUGUUUUUAGUAACGAAUAUCCCUUGCAUCCUAACUCCUCCUGUCUCCCGCUGUUCCUAUUCCAUAAAGAGCCCCGGGACUGCCAAGAGCAUGCAACGGGUCGUACGCGCAAGAUCGGUUAAGUUUUUAUUUGAUGGUUAUCCGGCAAUAAAGUGCUUCUUAUUUGUUCAGUGUAAUUUGUCAAUUUUUUAAUCAUUGGCGCGCAAUACGUUAGACUACUGCGCGGCUCAUUCAGCCUUUCUUUUCCUUGAUCGUUACUGUACUUUACUUUAUGCAUUUAACGUAAUAUAAUCCUAUGAUAAUUACCGAGCAAUUAUUUAUCAUGUCUUUGUAACGAAUAUAGGUUUGUUAUGUAUGAAUGGAGGAAUGUGAUAUGAUUAUCAUAUAAAGAAUGAUGCUCUGAAAA